AAACUCCCUAAAAUCUACCAAACCCUCGAAAAACCCUAGCGCGCCUCGCCUUGAAAAUUUUCCCCACACCGCCACCAUUAAUCCUCGAUGAAGAAGAGAAGCCGGGAACCCAAACCCUUAAUUCCAGCUCUCGCCGCCGCUACUGGCCCCACCCUGAUCAAGCACUUGGCCUCGUGCAGCACCGCAGUCCGAUCUCAAUCUCUGCGGCUGCUUCAGUCAUGGCUCGCCGCCCAAUCGCAGCAGCUCUCAGACUCCGACUUUAAGAAGCUGUGGAAAGGCCUUUUUUACUGCCUAUGGCACGCCGACAAGACCCCCAAUCAGGUCGCUCUAAUCGAUCGGUUAAUUUCUCUGUUUCAUUCGCUGCAGCCAGCGGUUUCUCUGGAGUUUUUCCGUGGGUUUCUGGUUACACUUCGCCGCGAGUGGCCUGGAAUUGACCGGCUGAGGUUGGAUAAGUUCUACUUGCUCAUACGCCGAUUUGUAAAAGCAUUGUUUGAUUUAAUGAGGUUGAGGAAGUGGGAUGUGGGUGUUUUAGGGGAAUAUUUUGGGGUUCUGGGGAGUGAUGCGUUGUUGGCGGAUGAUAAAUUGCAGGGGAAUGGGGUGAAUUAUCAUGUGGCGUCUGUGUUUUUGGAUGAGUUGGCUGGUGUUGGGUUUCCGGUGCAGAAAGAGGUGGUUGAUUUGAUUUUGGGGCCAUUUUUUGCAGUUUUGAUGAGGGGAACUGAUAAGAUUUUGUUAGGGAAAGUGAAGAGUAACAUGUUUGAUGAGCUGGUAAAGGCGGGAACAGAACUCCUAUUGAAGAGGAAGUUGGGAGAGGAUUGUGAAAGCAAUGGGAAUGCUCUGUUGGGUGUGGUUGCUCUUAGGAUGGGGUUAUCGGCAAAAUUGUAUGAGGUGACUUCAUCUGCUGACUGCAUUCAGGGGAACAGGAAGGUUGUAUUGGGGCUGCAUGAACAGUUUUUGAAGUUGGAGAAGGAAUUGGAAUCCUCUGGCAUUGAAAUUGGUAUACCUGAAUAUAACGAAGAUGAUGAUGCAGAAGUUCCACAAUUGAUACCCAUUGAUUUCGAUGCUUGUAAGGAUAAUGUGGACGGAGGGUCUCAGGAAGGAAAUGAGGAUGUGGCUCAUGAUGAUCAGUUGGAAAGUGGAACGGAAAAGAAGAGUAAGAAAGCGAAAAAGGAGAAAGAUGGAGAUGAUAAGAAAAAGAAGAGGAAGAAGAAGAAGAGAAAGGAUGAAAAUAAACUUUCUGAAGUGGUUGACGGAGCUGAAGAAAAUGGUGAUUUGGUUGGGAUUGUUGGCUCUGAGAAUAUGGAAUUGGAUAGUGGUUCAGCCGAUAUUCUAAGCGAUAACAUGGAAAAUGAGUUGACUGAAAAUGUGAUAAUGAAUCUUCAGAAACAGUUUGAGAUCGUUGCUGCGGAAAUGGAUUCUGAAGGUGACGAAGAUUCAGAUUCAUGCGCUACACCAGUAAUCGCCAAGAAACCUAGUAAGAGAGCAAAGAGGGUGAAGUUGGUACAUGACGAGGAGCUUGGUAAUGUGAACACCAGUGGAACCGCAGAUAGUGGAGAUGAUGCUGGUGGAAAGAGUGUGGAGAAGAGUGCUAAGAAGGUUAGGUUUUCCAUGAAGAACAACUUGGUUUGGAAGCCACAGACUCCUCUGCCUCCUGAGAGUUUAAGGUUGCCACCAUCAGUUACUCCGAGGGGUAGUGCAUUGAAGAAGGGCGUGCCUCCGGGGCCCGUUGUCGAGAUUCCACCUUCCAAGAAAAAGGCCAAGCAGAAGAAGAGAGUGAGGCCCUCGACCAUGAUCAAGGGUCGGAAGAAGGUGCAAUCGAAAUCGAGCUAAUGGUAUUAUAUUAGCAUUAUAGGUCGGAGAACUAUGCUUUCCAAAUGAGUAAUUGCAUUUUUGUUCAAUUUUUUUAUUUGUUUACUAUUACGGUUGUUCAAUUGCAUUCUGCUCGUUCAUUUAAGUGAUAGAAUUGAAGUUAUACACAGCCUAUUUGCGUGCUUACCUCUUUGUAGUAAACAAUGUAUUCAGUUCGUUACACUAGCAUUUCUUGAUCUUGUGAGAACUCAA